AUGGCCCAGAAACUCGUCGAUCGGGUAGGUGCCAAAAUGGAGCGGUUGGACAAGCCCUUGAUGUUGAGCGACUUUAACGGAGCAGCGACUGCUCGCGCAACACACCAGAUUCGAGUCACCCUUGAGAUUGACGGACGACAAUUUCCUUGUCAGAAAUUUAUAAUCAUUCCUAUCGCUAAUAAUGUCUUUAUCGGACAAGAUUGGUUAACCAAGCAGAAUGUGUGGAUGUAUCCUGCUUCCCGCAUGAUCUGUUGGCCUGAAGAUCGACCAGCUUUGGCCCAAUAUGCCCCAAGCAUCUUAGUCAAGCAUUCUUUACCUUUGCUUGAUAUGAAGGCCCAAACCGAUGUUUUCCACCGCGACCGCUUGAUGACAACUGAAGACCGACAAUUGAAGACCUGGAACAAGACUUUCGACAGAAAGCAUAUUCUAUUCCCGGAAGGAGAGGACCCUGAACAUAUAGCCAAGGUACGAUCGAAACUUCCACACGAGUUGGCCCAUCUCGAAGGAUUCUUCUCCAAGAAAGCCUUUACCAAAUUGCUGCCCAGCCGCCCCAGCUUUGUUGUGAUCCUUAAACUGGCGAAACCCUUAGAAGGAAAACCUUCACGAUAUCCUAUGCCAUUCGUCUUCCUUAGACUAAGAAAAGAAACCACCGACGAGCUACUGAAGAUUGGAUUCAUCGAGCGCUGGACUUUCCAAUGGAAGGUGCUGCCGUUUGGACUCAAGGUCGGCCCCGCCUGGUUCCAAGGCUUCAUCAACGCCCAGCUUAACGAACUACUUGACCUGUUUGCCAGCGCCUAUGCGGACGAUGUAUUGGUUUACUCAGAAGGCGACGAACCAGAGCAUUUUGAACAGACUGAGGAGGUCAUUUAUCGGUUGCAUCGAGCAGGCCUCCAAGGAGACAUCAAGAAAUCCAGCUUUAACGUCACUGAGGUGGAUUAUCUGGGUAUGAUCCUUGAGACAGGCAAAGGUGUUCGAAUGGACCCCGCCAAAGUCGCUGCUAUCCUCGACUGGGAUUGGGAUGAUUUGAAUUCAAAGUCAGCCGUUCAAUCUUUCUUGGGAUUAUACAAUUUCAUCCGACUGUUCUGUUAUCACGCCAGUGACCUCGCCAAACCGCUUAACUGGUUGCUAAAGAAAGACGUGCCCUUCGAGAAAGGACCUGAGCAAAAGGAAGCUUUCGAGGCGUUAAAGAAGCUUGCCACUGAAGCGCCUGUCCUUGCCUUCUUCAAACCUGGCCGACCAACCAAGGUUGAUACCAAUGCCUCAGGCAAAGCCACAGGUGGUGUCAUUUGGCAGCAGCAGGAAGAUAGAGAAUGGAAACCGAUUGGCUACUCUUCAAAGAUUAUGUCUGUAGCCGAGCAGAAUUAUCCUAUCCAGGACCAAGAGCUUCUCGCAGUAGUGAACACCCUUAAAGACUUCGAGCCUGAUCUAUAA